ACAAGAAUGAAACAGUGGAACUUCAAUUACUAAUGAAGUGCGCGAGUACAUAAAGAUUUGCAGUUAGAUGUUCUCUGUUGUUGGCACUGACUCAGUCUGCGUCUGCGGACUUCAAAAUUCUCGCUUUCGUCGCUUUCCCCUUGCGAAAUUUCAGGGGAAAGUGCAUUCUCGGUUUUAUCGGAGGGUUUGCAGCUGCUGCAUUUUCAUUUCCCGGAGUGUGAAGUUCUGUAUUUUGCGAAGCUGAGAAUUCGAAUAUGGUUGUGGAUGAUUCUGGCGUGGAGAGUGACAAUUUUGACUGGAACACUGAAGAUGAGCUUGAAAUUGAGAACUUUCAGCCUUCAUCUGCAUGUUUAACCGUUCCUAAUGGAGAGGCUACUACUGGGGCUGGAGUGGCAAGCUCAUCUAAUUCCAAGGUACUUGACCACUUUGUUGCUAUGGGAUUUCCUAGCGAAAUGGUUUCCAAAGUAAUUCAGGAAUACGGUGAGGAAAACGAAGAUAAAUUACUUGAAGAACUUCUCACGUACUCGGCUCUAGAAGGUUCUCCUCAGCCACAACAGCAAAAUGAACCAGAUCCCUGUUUUUCAGAGCAUGCAGGGUGCACUUCGGAUGAUUUCUCAGAUACUGAUACUUUUUCUGAUGAUGAAGAAAUUACAAAAUCUGUUUCUGAGAAUGAUGCUACCUUAAUGUCCUUGGUGAGAAUGGGGUACAAGAAGGAGGAGGCUUUAGUUGCCAUAGAAAGAUUAGGUCCGAACUCCUCACUUGAAGAAUUGGUAGAUUUUAUAGCUGUUGCUCAAAUGGCAAAGGCAGAAGAUGCCCUUCUACCUCCUGUAGAUAAGCCGGAUUACAGUAACCAUGAUAAGCCAAAAAAGCGAAGAUUUUAUGAUUAUGAAGUGCUGGGAAGGAAAAAGCCAAAGGGAUGUGAGAAGAGAAUACUCGGUGAAGAUGAUGAGGAGGUACUUCAUCUUCCAAACCCAAUGGUAGGGUUUGGGGUUCCUACUGAGUCAACAACAUUCAUAACACACAGAACACUUCCUGAAGAUGCCAUCGGACCUCCUUAUUUCUACUAUGAGAAUGUAGCACUUGCACCAAAAGGUGUUUGGCAAACAAUUUCAAGAUUCUUGAAUGAUGUUGAACCUGAAUUUGUGGAUUCAAAGUAUUUCUGUGCUGCGGCCAGGAAAAGGGGCUAUGUUCACAAUCUCCCCAUCGAAAAUAGAUUCCCUCUUCUACCACUUCCGCCGCGCACAAUACAUGAUGCAUUUCCCCUAACAAGGAAGUGGUGGCCCUCAUGGGAUUCUAGGACCAAACUUAAUUGUUUGCAAACGGUUACUGGCAGUGCAAAACUAACAGAAAGAAUUAGGAAAGCUGUAGAAAACUAUGAUGGAGAUCCUCCUGAGAGUGUCCAAAAGUAUGUUCUUGAAGAAUGUCGGAAAUGGAAUCUGGUUUGGGUGGGAAGGAAUAAGGUUGCUCCACUAGAGCCUGAUGAAGUAGAAACACUUUUGGGCUUCCCAAGGAAUCACACAAGAGGAGGCGGAAUAAGUAGGACUGACAGAUAUAAAUCACUUGGCAAUUCAUUCCAGGUUGACACAGUGGCAUACCACCUGUCAGUUCUGAAGGACAUGUAUCCUAAUGGUAUCAAUCUUCUUUCUCUCUUUUCUGGAAUCGGUGGUGCAGAAGUAGCCCUUCAUCGGCUUGGCAUCCCUCUUAAGAAUGUUGUGUCAGUUGAAAAAUCAGAAGUGAAUAGGAAUAUUGUUAGAAGUUGGUGGGAGCAAACAAAUCAGAAAGGUAACUUAAUUGAUCUGGACGAUGUACGGCAGCUAAAUGGGGAUCGUUUGGAGCAGCUGAUGAACUCGUUUGGGGGUUUUGAUCUCAUUGUUGGUGGAAGUCCAUGUAAUAACUUGGCUGGUAGCAACAGGGUCAGCAGGGAUGGAUUGGAGGGCGAACACUCCUCCCUCUUUUAUGAUUACUGUCGGAUUCUAGACUUGGUAAAAUGUAUAAUGGCAAAAUAUCGAUGAACUUGUCUAAAGAAAUCUCAUAUAACUUGGAACUUUAGAGACAGAUGCUUCUCACCUCAAUUUUGUUGCCGUGGAAAGGUAACUAUUUUCUAAUAAAAUUGUUUUCUAAACAUUGCUAAUUGUU